AUGGCCGCUUCGGCAGUCUCAACCAGCGGAUUGAUCGAUCCCACCAAGCAGGCUGAAUAUCCCAUUAUAUUGGGUGAUCGACUGGCCGGGAAACACAAAUCCUCUCGAUCCAGAUUGAUCAACAUCCAAUACAAUCACAAAACGAAGUCCGCAUCCUCACAACAACGCUCCCACAUAACCCGAUCAGCGCACUCGCCCGACCUCUAUAAUCUUACGAUCACCGACAAAGUACCGAACGCCGAACACAAUGCGGUGACCUAUCUAUACAGAGGCAGCGUGGACCCGGAACAUAUCGUAUCGCAGUCUACUGAGCAGGAUCUGGUGCUGGUAUUCGACCCGGAUCGCAAAGUAUUCGUACUUGAGCCGGUCGCGACACAACUGAACUUCAAUCUUCGUUCAGCUCCAAAUAAAACGGAGAAACAGGUGACAGAGCAGUAUGCGCAGCUGCGAAUACUGCACGAUGAUGAACAAGGCUCUGGCGACGAUAGAGCAGUUGAUACCACAACUGGAGACGACGAUGGACCGGCCGAUGACAAUAAUCCCUAUGAUUACCGCCAUUUCCUUCCUAAAGAAAACGCCGACGACGAUAAGUCGCUGUCCGACAGCGCAACAUCAUCCCACUUGAAUGCCAGUAAAGCCAGUACUCCCUUGAUACCGCCAGCUGCGAAACCUGCCCCCAGUCCCAAGCCACGGCCGAAACCUCUAACAAACCCUCUCCGCCAACAACCGCGCCCGCCCAAACCUUCCAGAGAACAAGCAAAGCCUGUCUCGAAACCGAGUUCGAAGCCUCCAGUGCAAGCGAAGAAAGAAAAACCGAAGGAGGAUGAAGAUAACUUGGAGGAAGAUUUCCCAAUUGAAACAUCCAAGUCAACCCCUUCGGAUACUGGAACAGGGCUUGUGUCGCCAUUCAAGGCGGCUCCUUCACCCGGUAGUAAUAUCAUCAUUGACGGAGACUUGAUUAUUGACAUGGGGUCACCGCCCCCUUCUCGGCCUGCGUUCAAGGUCAAUCCCGCACAUUUCUCGUCUAACAAUACUCCUGCAAUCGAUGAUGAAGAAGAGGAAGAGGAAGAGGAAAUGGAAGAUUUGCGACUUCCUUCUCCCGUCGGGGGUAGAGGUGCCCCAUCUGAAAGGACGCAACCUCCUCCAAUGCCGACAGACCAAGAGCUCGAUGGCGACGACGACGGCGAUGAUGAUGACGCGCUGGCAGCAGAAAUGGAGGCUGCCUUUGAGGAAGAAGCAAGAAAGCAGGAAUACCAGCCACCGUCCCAACAAUACCAUGUCCAAAGUGAGGAUGAAAGUGAGCAACUUUUUCCAAGCGAUUUUGUCUACUCUUUGUAUCAAGUUUAUAUGCAGGCAUGGCGUCGUUGGGAGUUUUUGAGCGAGGGACUGGAGCCAGCCCAGCCCGACUAA